AUGGAAACUGAAAUUACCAAAGCUUCCUGCACACAGAAAGUGGACAUGAAGAAGGGUUUGGUGAGUGGUCAUGACCAUGGGCAUGGUGAUGGGUUGUUCGGUUGUGGCGGUGGCGACAAUGAUAGCGGCGGUUCUUUUGACGGGAAUGUCAAGAAGAAGAAAGGGAGUCACGGUGGAGGUGGUGGCUCGUCUAGCGGCACAAGGUGUUGCCAGGCUGAGAAGUGCACGGCCGAUCUAACCGAGGCCAAGCAGUAUCAUCGUCGGCAUAGAGUGUGUGAGCUCCAUGCAAAGGCUCAAUCUGUGAUUGUUGCCGGAAGUCCUCAACGGUUUUGUCAGCAAUGUAGCCGAUUUCAUGAGCUCUCGGAAUUCGAUGAUGCCAAGAGAAGUUGUAGGAGACGUCUUGCAGGACACAACGAGAGACGUAGGAAGAGCUCGAUCGAGUUUAAAGGUACAGGGAAGGAGCUUGUGUGCAAGGGAAGGUUCGAAGGCUGCCAUUUAUAA